GUCAUGUUUUAGCAUCACUGUGACGUCAGCGGUUUCUGCUGAGCAGCCAACGUUCUGGUCUCGCGGCCACCUCCCCCUCACCAUGACAACGACGGAUUUCCAGCAUCGUCAGAGGACAAACCGUUGCUCCUCCGCUCGUGAUUUUUGAAUGAUAAAUGUAAAUAUCGUGUUUAUUAUGGUUUCACAGAGUUAAAAUUCAUUUAGAAGUAAUAUUAUUUGCUUUGGGGACCCUCAUGUGUCGGAGAACCGCCAGAGGCAGAGGGAGACGCCGUUUAACUGCGUGAACAACAUGGCUCUUCCUCAGCAUCCCAGGCUGCUGCUGCUGCUGCUCGCCUGUGUUGUUCUGUUAGCCGCAGUUCAACGCACCCACUCUCGCUCUUUGCCCAUAUCGGACCUGAAAUCCAAAAUAUCCGGGGUGGAGGAACUCUUGGAAGAAUUCCGCAAGCAGCUCCAGCAGGAUCAGGCGUACAGGGCAGGUGAAGUGAGUGACUCCUGUGUGGGCGACUUCAACGCCGAGGAGGAGCGCAUCAUCAAGACCAGGGCCUCCAUCGAGCAGGGGGCCACCUUCCUGCUAGCUCCGGACAGGGUGUACACCUGGAGGGACUGUCUGCACGCCUGCUGCUCCCAGCCGCACUGCACCGUGGCUGUGGUCCAGGAAGACCAGAGGCAGACCGGGGAUAGUCUGAGCUGCUACCUGUUUAACUGCACCUACAGGAACAAAAAUGUCUGCUCCUUCGCUCCACAGCAAGGCUUCAGUACAUACACCCGGACUGUCAACACGACGCUGGGACCCCUCCCUGCUUCACCCAGGAAGCCAGAGGGACACCCCGAGGAGGAGGAUGCGCAAGAAGUGGAUGAGCCUCCCCGAAGUGAUGCUGGACAGGACGUGGUGAUCCAGCUGCCCACAGACUGGGCCGUCCUCGAUGGACGGGACAGUGUGGACGACCACGGCAUUAGCCACUAUGAAUGGACCCUCAUCAGGGGUGACACAGCCAUCAAUAUGAAGGCAACCCAUCCGGGGCUGCUGAAGGUCAGUGGUCUGCAGGAGGGCGUCUACACCUUCCAGAUGACUGUGACUGACACAGCGGGUCAGAAGAGCUCUGACAAUGUCUCUGUUACUGUACUGGCACCAAAACAUCAAGCAGAAGUGUGUACAGGUCACUGUUCAAAUUACCAGUUCAAGUGUGAUGAUGGUUGCUGCAUUGACAUCACCUUCGCCUGUGAUGGGAAGCAGCACUGUCCUGACCGCUCUGAUGAAGACUUCUGCCCAAACUUUGACAGCAGCAGAAAGUCAGUGACCCACACUGCUGAUCAAUCAAGCCCUCAUCGGCCUGUAGCACAGACUCAGGAAUCUGAAGACGUCUCCAUGACUCAGACUGGGUCCAAAAAGACCGUAGAGAGCGUUGUACCACCUCAGGACAGGAGCAAGGCCACUCCUCCACAGAGUCCUAGUCAACAGGAGGCUGCAGCCAGUCAAGAUCCAUGUGCUGCCACUCCAGUUGUUGGACCCUGUAAAGGAAACUUCCCUCGCUGGUACUACGACAAAAAUGCAGGGGAAUGCAAACACUUCCUGUACGGUGGCUGCCAGGGCAACCAUAACAACUUCCUCCAGGAGUCUGACUGUGUCACUGAAUGUAUACAGAAAAGCCCGGCUUUUAAACCAGCAACUGUGGCUCCUCCCGUCACCAAACAGACUGAGAUAGUUGCUCCAAAAGUCUCACAAAAGCAGCCAGACAAUGACGUCCCCAUCUCAAAACCAUACCCAGUAAUGGGAGGGCAUCCAGUACCAGAAUCAGGUGCGAUCCUUCCUCUGGCUCUCGGUAUAAUCAUCACAGCUCUCCUUCUUCUUAUGAUCGGCUGUCGACUCAGACUCGUCCGUCACAAGCUGAAGAAAGCCCGACCGCUGACCACGGAGGAGUCAGAUUACCUCAUUAAUGGCAUGUACCUGUAGCCAAUCAGGAGCAAGCAGCAAAUACAAGUGAAAAACCACGGGUUAAGUCAAUGGAGCUGGGACUUUUUUUGAAUUUGCACUCUGAAUAUCUGGCUGCCUGUUUCUCUAAUUCAUCCCCACUCUAUGUUGGAAAUAUCCAACUUUCUGCUGUCAUCAACAUUUCUGAACAUCCUCACAUGGAAACCUCUUUGCUGCUGAUAGACGCUGCCUUCAGAGCCGAUCACUCAUAUUCAGAUCCUUGUGAAUUUGUUUUUCUUGUCUUAAGAAAAUCAGAAUGUAAAAGUUUAAACUUACAGAUGACUGUUUAAUUCCCUUAUUGACUUCUUGGAUGCAUAUGGUGUUGAGUCUCUUCUAUCUCCUGUAGCCUACUAAACACUGGUUAUGUUGGUAUCAUUUUAUUCUGUCAUAAUAUAUUCUCAUCAUUAUUCCUGCACAAUAUUAUGCCAUAUUUUUGCCACUGGGUGACACUAAUGUGCCAUAUUUAUGCUGCACAUUUCACCCAAAUGACAUAUUAAAACACAAUCUGGGUGCCUGUUAUAGUGCACUUUUAUUAUUUUAUCAUUAGGAACUAACAAAAAAGUACUUAAAAUUAUUGCAAUUGUUUGAAGCCAUAACAAAUUAUAUUCUUGUCUACUUUUUGCUGCAUAUUUUUCUUUAAAAGCAAAUUUAUGUGGAGUAUGUAUUUUAUUGCGCAAAUGUAUUCCCUUAAAGUGAUGUCUUUUAUGUGACAAUAAAGUUUAUUAUA